UCAAUGCCGUACAUGGUCUCUGUGCAGAACCAUCAUGGCCAUAUGUGUGGAGGAUUUCUCAUCACUCGGGAUUUUGUGGUCACAGCUGCACACUGUUGGGGAAAAGGACAAUUAUUUAAAAAGAGGAAUUGAAGAGCGUUACAUACACCCUGGUUACACAUCACCUGGUUUUGGUUUUGACAUCAUGCUUCUAAAGUUAUCAGUUGAAGUUGACAUAAAUGAGAGAAUCCACACAAUUAAAAUUCCAGCCUCUAAAAUGAAUGUAAAAGAAAAUCAAACAUGCUCUGUGGCUGGAUGGGGUAUGACUCAAACCACGGGUUCAGUUGUCAAUGAGCUGAGAGUGGUGAACGUGUCGAUCAUAGAUCCAGAAAGCUGUAAAGAGGAAUGGACCGCUCUUCCUCCCAAUGUGAUCUGUGCAGGAGGAAGUGGUACAGACAAAGGAUUCUGCCAGGGUGACUCUGGUGAUCCUCUGGUGUGCAACGACAUAGCUGUUAGCAUUGUUUCUUUCAACAGGAAUUCCAACUGCAGCUACCCAGAUGUGCCCAAUGUCUACACUGAUAUCUCAGAAUACGUUCCUUGGAUAAAUAAGAUUGUGACGGACAAUUGGACAAAUGAGAUUGUGAAGGACACGCGGAUCUGCACCCCUUUGGACAGCAGAAUCAGCAGUGCGCUUGACUGCCCCACCAACUCCAUCAGGAGCGCCUUUUCCAUGAGAUUUCUCAGAGAAAUUCCAGGUCACCUGUUUGAAGCCUGA